GCAGAUGAUCAUCAGCAGCGAACUAGUUCCGUGCUCUUUUUAGACGACUUUGAAAAACUGAUUUCAAUACUUACAGAGAUGCUCGGCACUCCGUCGGUGCGCCCAUUCCCAAAUUUUAACGCCAACCAGGAUGCUGAAACCCUGCGAAAGGCGAUGAAAGGCUUCGGCUGCAAUAACUCGAAGGUGAUAAGUGUUUUGUGUGCACGUACGAACUGGCAGCGACAAGAGAUAGCAAAAGCGUUUAAAGUGAUGUACGGAAAAGAUUUGAUAAAGGACCUGAAAUCUGAACUCAGUGGUGACUUUGAAACUCUAAUUCUGGCGCUUAUGGAGCCCACAGCUGUCUAUGACGCUAAGGAAUUGCGCAGAUCCAUGCAGGGUCUAGGAACGAAGGAAUCAAUAUUGAUUGAAAUCAUGACUUCAAGAACAAAUCAACAAAUCGCUGACAUUCGUCAAGCUUAUCAGCAGCUCUACUCCAGAUCGCUCGAAGCCGACCUGAUCGGCGAUACCAGCGGCUGUUUCCAGCGUCUUCUAGUUUCUCUGUGCGCUGGCGGACGAGACGAAUCAACUCAUGUCGAUCAUCUUCGGGCGAAUCAGGAUGCGAGAAAACUGUACAGUGCUGGAGAGCGGCGACUAGGCACGGAUGAAAGCUGCUUCAACGCGAUCCUAGCGAGCAACAACCUCUUCCAGCUCCGGGCAAUAUUCGACGAGUAUCAAAAGGUAACAAACCAUUCAAUCGAGAAAGCGAUAGAGUCCGAGUUCUCCGGCGACAUUCGGGAUGGUCUACUUGCUGUCGUAGCGGUCGCCCGCAAUAGACCUGCAUACUUUGCCAAACUACUUUACGAAAGCAUGAAGGGUUUCGGCACCCGAGAUCACGACCUGAUUCGACUUGUUGUUACUCGCUGUGAAUAUGACAUGGUUGACAUCAGGAAUCAAUUCCAGGUGAGUGCGAGCUUUAGUCGUACAACUGAUGUCUGUGGAUUACCUAGAUGCGGUACCCUUUUUGUGAUAGACACCACACGUGGUAUUCGUGCAACAAUUAAUCACUUUCGUCAAUGA